CCGUGCCUCGCCUCCGGUAAGCUUGAGCCGAAGUUGGAUCUGCGGCACAUGCAGCUCCCACUCGAACCCUGUUUUUCGCAGCUCACAGCAGAAUACGCCCAGCUCCAAGGCCGGGGACAGAAGGUGGUUUGUUGCCUCCCCUUGUUGCCGUCCUGUUCUUGCGGUUGUGAUGCCGCCACUUGUUGCGUUUCUCGGAGCUCUGUGUUCUUUUCUGCUCCUUUGUUGCUUGUUCCUCCUCUAGUCUGUUCGUCUUCUCCUGAUUCACCCCCAAAAUUCCCCCUCUUCUCCCUUUAGCUCGCCUCUGGGAUUCUUUCUUUGCCGCAGGGAGCGAGCAAUUGAAGCCAAAACGUCACUCUUUCGCACCGAUUUGUUUGCUUCCUUGCGCCCACUAGUCCAAUCCAUCCAGCGAUGGAUCGAUUCAGUUCCUUUUUCCAGCUAAGGUUUGAUCAGGAGUUUGUAAGAAGCUCCUGGAUUAUAACUGAUCAGAUGCUUGGGCGCAACAAUAUGUCGCCCAACAGACUAGAGGUCGUGCUGAUGCUGUUGAUGCUCAUGGUUUACAAUGCUUCAGGAGCAUUUGUUGGUAUCAACAUUGGCACUAACGUGUCAGACCUGCCAUCAGCAUCAGACAUAGUCUCCAUCCUUAAAGCCAAGAAGAUUCAACAUGUUCGCUUGGUUGAUUCAAACCAUGAGAUGCUAGUCGCCCUUGCGAAUACUGGAAUUGAAGUGAUGGUUGGUGUGCCAAAUAAUGAGCUGCUCCGUGUGGGGCAAUCUCGUCCGACAGCUGCUGAUUGGAUUAACAAGAAUGUUGCUGCCUACAUUCCAGCAACAAACAUCACGUAUAUUGCCGUGGGUGAUGAGAUUCUUACUACUGUCCCAAAUGCAGCUCUUGUUCUAGUACCUGCAUUGCAAUUCCUCCAAUCAGCACUGUUGGCUGCAAACCUCAAUACCCAGGUGAAACUAUCAAGUCCUCAUUCAAUGGAUAUGAUCUCUAAGGCAUUUCCUCCCUCUACUGCCACUUUCAACUCGACAUGGAGCUCAAUAAUGUUACAGUAUCUUGGAUUUCUGAAGAAGACAGGAUCUUCCUUCAUGCUGAAUGCCCAACCGUACUAUGGCUAUGUGAAAGGGCAAGGUGUAUUCCCUUUAGAGUAUGCCCUGUUUCGAUCACUCAAUCCCAACAGUCAGAUUGCAGAUCCGAACACCAAUUUGUUCUAUACCAAUAUGUUUGAUGCUAUGGUUGAUGCCACAUACAACUCAAUGAAAGCAAUGAAUUUCACCGAUAUUCCUGUUAUGGUCACAGCUUCUGGUUGGCCAUGGCAUGGUGCACGCAAAGAACCGGCUGCGGAUGUUGAUAAUGCUCUGGCCUACAAUACAAAUCUCAUACGCCAUGUACUAAAUAACUCUGGUACCCCUAGCCAGCGAAAUAAUCAAGUAAGCACAUACCUGUUUGAGUUGUUCAGUGAGGAUCUUCGGUCAGGAUCUGUUUCGGGGGAAAGUUGGGGGAUUAUGUUUAGCAAUGCUAGUGCAGUGUACUCCCUGACAUUUGAAGAUGUAGCUACAGCUAGUACUGAUUCACCGGCUUUGCACGGGAUGUUUUGUGUGGCAAAUUCAAGUGCACCCCAUAGUGCAUUGAAGCAAAGUUUGGAUUGGGCAUGUGGCCCUGGUUCCGCAAACUGCAGCGCAAUUCAACCUGGGCAGCCGUGCUACAAACCAGAUGACAUUGUAGCUGUUGCUUCGUAUGCUUUCAAUGAUUAUUAUCAUAGAACGCAAGCAAGUGGAGGAACAUGCAACUUUAAUAGCACAGCAACGAUAUCAUCUACAGAUCCAAGCCAUGGUUCAUGUAAAUUCGCAGGAAGCACCGGUGCCAAUGGCAGUGGUAUGGCUUCUGGACCUGUGAGCCAAGAUAGUUCUGCUUCACAAUCUCAAUCUUUCUGGUUGACUUGGCUAAUCGCCAUGCUGCUGCCCGUUCUACUUCUCAUGUAAAACAUUGUGACUGAACGUUGUAUUUUGGAUGAGAUGCGUGAGAUUUGUUGCGCCUCUGCUUGUUAGAUAUAAAGGGAGCCCUAUUUGUCUCA